AUGUACAUUCCGCUUCUGUUGUUUGUUGGCCUUGCCACAGCCAUACCAGCGCCCGCUGCAGCGUCCGCUGCUGGCUACCGGUUUCUUGGCCGAGUCAACCCAGCAUCCAAAGAGCUCACUUGGCCCGGUACAGGUAUCUCUUUCACUUUCAAGGGAACUUCUGCCACCAUCAAUCUUGCCAACAUAGUUGGUGACAACAGUUUCGACUUGAUUGUCGAUGGCAAAGCACCCACCGAGAUUGCAAAGGUCGUCAAUGCUACCGUCUCCAUUUCCAAUCUCGCAAAGGGCACCCAUACUGUCGUCCUGCGCAGACGAUCCGAGACAGCGCUCGGCACAGUUUCCAUCAGCACUGUUACCACAGACGGCUCUUUUGUUGCGGAAAAAGCCCCAAGCCGCCAAAUCGAAAUCAUUGGCGACUCCAUCACUGUCGGAUACGGCCUCGAUGGCACCAACCCAUGCACCAACAACGCCGCCGUGACGGAUAACCCGAAGACAUACGGCUUCCUGGCAGCUAACGCACUCCGUGCUGACUACCAGGUUAUCGCAUGGAGCGGCAAAGGCCUCGUUCGUAACAUCGCGUCUACGACUCCUGACACCAGCCCCGUCAUCCCCGAACUCUACACCCGCUACGGUGCCAACGAUGCCAGCGGCAGCUAUCCAUUUCCUUCUUCUUGGGAGCCCAGCGCUGUCGUCAUCAACUUGGGCACAAACGACUGGAGCUACCUCGGCUACAACGCACAAGGUCAAUCGUACGCUGCGCGUGAAGUCCUCAGCCCCUCUGUAUUCACAACCGCACUCGUCAAGUUCGUCAAGCAGAUCCAGUCCCACCAUCCCGCAGCACAAUUCUUCCUGCUCAACAGCCCCAUGCUGAGCGACAGCUUCCCGACAGCGGCGGAUGCGCAAAAGACGAACCAGACCAAGGCCUUACAGGAUGCGAUCAAGCAGUUGGGCGUAAAGGCGCAUUUCGUGGAUUGGCCAAGCCAGGGCAGUGAUGUUGGGUGUGAUUAUCAUCCCAAUGCCGCAACCCACGCCACAGAAGGCAAGGUGCUAGCAGCUGCCAUCCAGGCGGUAUUGAAAUGGUGA